AUGUCGGCCGAAGACAACGUCCGGGUUGUCAUUAGAUGUCGACCCCUAUUGCAAGACCUGGAGUCCGGUCAAGAUCUCGACAACGAUGGACAGACCAUUCGUGUGGCGUCCCGACAGUUCACGUUUGACACAAUAUUCUCAAUGGAUUCAACACAAACAGAUGUCUUCACACAUUCAGCUAAACAUAUCGUUGAUUGUGUUCUUCAGGGAUAUAACGGCACAAUCUUCGCUUACGGACAGACGGGAACCGGCAAAACAUUCACGUCAUCAGGAAUUAUGUCCGCGUCUUUUGAUCACAUCUUUGAUCACAUAUCUAAGAGUGGAAAUGACACCAAAUUCUUAGUCAGAGCCUCUUUCUAUGAGAUAUACAAUGAAGAGAUCAGAGACCUUCUUGUGAGAACUGAAUUGUAUCCAAACGAGUGCUAA